AUGCGAAUUUCUGCAGUUUGUAGAGAUACUUCAAUGGAUGUCAUGCAUUUUAAAAACGACGCAUUCAACAUUUCUGUUGACGCAGAUGCAGAUGAUGAGGAUAAACGCCUGCAUCAGGAAUUGAAACAACUUAUCGCUGAGCAGUUUGAGAACUUCGACUUGGGCGAUGAUGCCUCUGAUUGUCCCGAUGUUUCGAACGAUGAAGGCAUCUCUGACGCCAACAGAUUUGAACUGAAUACUGAAGAAAUAGCUAGUAUAAACGCGGCUGGUAAGCUUUCAUUACUCGAAGGUGCGAUUCAGAAGUUCGGGGAUGAGGACACUCAGGCAUCUGAAGACACAUUGACGGAUCACUUACCUAUCCGUUCCACGAGAACACUGGACUGUUUCCAGUCAACUCUGCCCACCCAUGUUGCUUUCUCACAAAUACCUCAUUAUGGUUCACCUACCCAAUCAAACAAUUCAAACUCCAGUGACAAACGUAAAACCAGAGAUACCGAACGAUGGACAACAGCCCCAGGUGUGCAGAAACAUAUCGAAGCGACCAAGGCACCCACUUUGGUUAAAAAUGGUGAUUCCAGGGAACCGUACUUUGUUGAUGAGACUAUCAAUUGGGAACUGAGCCUUCCAGGAGAAGUGGGGAACGAGUUGUUUAUGUCUAUGCAGAAUGAUCUCACCACACCUAUUCCUCCCGUUCAAGCGGCCGGGCAUAAUAUUCAGGAUCCAAAUGCAAAUGCUUUGGUCGGGGAGGGCUACAGGCAGUCCAAGUCCCCUAACAUUGCAAAUCAACCAGUUCCCUCAUUUUCGUCUGAGAUGCCAAGCGGUUCUCCGUUUGGUCCAGGCCUACAAAAACCGGGAACUACAAUGUCACCCAGUGUGGCUUUCACUCAGCCAUUGGAUAUUGUUCCACAAUGGACUGCAAACGAAUCUUCCACUUCGGGAGAGCGCGAAACACUUUGUGCCAAACUUACGGCAUCCGAACAGUUGGUCCAAACACUAAGGAAUGAUCUGCAGGACCAUGCCAAUCAAAUGAGCAAGCUUCGUCUGCGCCUGAACGAAUGUGAGACUUCAAAGGAUCAGCUAAACAACGAGAUCCUUAACCUUCGUUCCACAAAUGAGUCUCUGUCUGCGCAGUUGGUGGAGUUGACCACCGGUGAUGCGCUCCGACGUGUUGAGGCACGAGAGGGGAAACUGACCGAGGCGCUUGAGCGGCGCUAUACAGUAGCCGCAGAUGAAUUGCGAGAGGAACUGACCACAGCAAAAAAACGCUUGGCGGAAAAGGAAAAAGAGAUCGCUGGUCUGCAACGACAGGUUGAGGUUUACAAGUUGGAUUUGAAUAAGGCACAGGAAAAUUUCGCUGAUUCUCUACGUCGGGCGAAUCAACAACUAGAAGAAUCACAACAACACUGCCAGAAAUUAUCCUCCUCGGCCCUUUGUUCCGAAGUAACGGCAUUGAGACAAAAAGUGGCUACCAUUGAAGUAUCAAAGAAGAUCAGUGAUGAUGUGAAUACGAUUCUACAGGAUGAGUUGCGCGAUUUGCGUGAACAGGUAGGAAUUUACGAACGUAUGCUACAAUUGGAUGAGAUUCCCGUUGACGAUCUCUGCCCAAAUGAGGACCGCAGGGAUUAUAGACCCGGGCAAUAUGAUGUGGAGGGAAACGAUCAGCUGCUAGAAACGGAUACUAUUCAUUUUUCGGACACACAUUUGGUUCAAGGACGACCAUCCUCAAGGAUGGGGAAAUGCGGCGAAGAGCUGCAUUGCUCAGAAAAAUGUACCCGACCGUCAUCGGACAACAGCCGACGACGUGCGCGCUUUGCUAAUAGUGACCCUCUUCUCGGUCCCGAACAGCAUGCGACUAUUCCGAUGGAAGUCGGGUCCGAAGAAUUUCAUUCGCUCACUCGUCAAGGUAUUUUGACGAGCACGCCGGCCCCGGCACGAUCAGUCAUGGACAGACUCAAAGCCGAAUUGGAACGAUGUUUGGCCAAUUACAAAGCCAAACGGGAACAGAUUACCAAACUUCAUGAGACGCUAUUCACUACUCGAUGCCAGUUGCAUCAUGCCACCGAGGCGGCUCAGAAAGCGGAAAAGAAUGCCACCAUGUUGCAGGAUCGUGUUCUUUCUCUCGAACGCGAAUUGGCUUCAAACCGUGAAUUGGGCGAGGCUCCCGGUCCGCGUGAAGCAGCUUUGAGCGGUCAAUUGGAUCGGCUUAAGGUGGAUUACGCUAAACUGGAAGAGGAACUACAGGUACUGUCGCAUGUUUUCUAA